AUGACAAACGCAACACCCAACGACCUCCCUCACAUCCUCCUCAUCGGAGCCACAGGCCGCACAGGCCGCCUCAUCCUCACCUCCGCCCUCCACCGCGGCCACAAAAUCACCGCCUUAAUCCGCCCCUCCUCCUCGCUCCCAUCAGUCCAAACCCUCUCGACCAUCCAAGGCUCUCCCCUUCUCGCCGCCGACAUCUUCUCCGCUCUCUCCACCAUCACGGGUCCUAUAGUAAUAAUCAGCACACUCGGUCAAACCCGCACAUCUGGAAACCCUUUUGCAGCAACAACAUCACCUCCCCUCUUCAUGUCUGCAUCCGCAACGGCUGUUGUAGAAGCUGUUAGAACUUCCUCUGCAAACGUCCAGAAAGUGAUUGUCAUGUCAAUGUUUGGCACUGGCUCUUCAUGGCAGAAUCUAAAUUUCCUGAUGCAAUGGGUCAUGCAGGUUUCGAAUAUGAAGCAAACGUUAGAGGAUCAGAAUGCUGUGGAUGGAGUGAUCAGGGGGAGUGGGGUUAGGUUUGUGAUGCCUAGACCUGCUAUGUUGAAGGAGCAGGUGGGGUUGCCGGUCAAAGCGCUUGGAGAUAGUGGUGAGGGAGCGGGAUUCAUGCCGUCGAUUAGUGCGCAAAGUGUUGCUGAGUUCAUGUUGGAUGCAGUGGUUAGUGAUGAGUGGGAUGGAAAGACACCUGUUCUGAUGAACUGA